CCACGUGUUCCUGGAAGGAGAACUGGUGUUGGCCAGGCACAUGCGCUGGAAACUUGGCUAAGCACUGUGUAUGUAGCGAUGGUUUCUUCAAGUCUUCUACUGAUCCCGCUCGUUGUCAGUUGUCCAAAAAGCCGCAUCUUCUGACAUGUCGGCUGGGUGCUGAGAGUGACAAAGGUGUGGUCGGUAAUUCAACUUCACAUGGAGAGUGCAAAAAUGAAGAAUCAACAUAUAUCAACUUUCAGCCAAGGUCACUGUCCUUUAAUUUUGUUAUGUUAUUCGAAACACCAAAGAGACUUCCCAGCAAACCAAUUCGUAUCAGUGAGUCUCAUUUUGGUGUUGUCCACGCUGAAGUCCAAGUAUACAAGGAAGAUUUAACAAGAGCAAAAUCUACCUUGCACACAGAACAGCUAACAGAAAAAACAAAAUGCAAUGUGCAGAUGAACGAUUUACAUCCAAAAUCAGAUCAUCCUAUAGAAUGUAGGCAUGUUCUUCACAAUCAAUCAACAUGGUUCUUAACUAAUGGACAAAGGCUCUGUUUAUCAUAUAAAGCUAUGAGUGGUGGAUACAUGAAGUACAAAGACUUCAAUAACAAAGUGUAUCCUCCAGUCACCUACAACAGAGUAACUGAGUCAAAAGAUGUAUGUCUCCUUUUCGAUUCCUCCACACCACGGCACUGUAGUGAAAAUAUAACUUGUCCAGGACUUGAACCAAUACAAUUGAUACCCGGUCGCUUAACAAAGAAUCCGACAUUGAAGAUCCAAAUUGAAGGGUGGAAUGAUCCAUUUCUAAGAAGGCCCGACCAAGCAUCUGGCAUUAGGAGCUUUUCAGUUAGCAUCCAUGACACAAAGGAAGUCGACAACCUUACACUUUCAAUGGAUGAAAAAGCUCUUCAGACUUUUAACAUUUCUCAUGGUGAAUUCAAUGUUACACUGCCUCACCAACCAGCCCUUUUUGGCAUUACCCUGGAAGUGUUGGAUCAUGCUGGAAAUGUAAAAUCUGCUAGAAGAUUCGUUAUGUUCGAUAAUUCCUCUGAAAUAAAAAUCAAUGGCGAAAAAAGGCUUAAGGUAUAUACUGGGAGCCCAGAAACCAAUUUCACAUGGCAGACGAAUAAAGAAAAGAGUUGUCUUUCGUGGGAAAACCGAUAUUAUAAUUCGUACAACAAAAGAUAUAACCUCCUGCGUAAAAUCAAGAAGGAUUAUCACGGGACAUAUCAAGGAGUGUACGAACAAGAGAAUGGGGUUUUACCGGUAUCCGGAACAACCAAUGUAUUCGGAAUAGUAUCAUUCCAUUAUUCAUGGUUUAAAGGAAAUAAAAGAUUGUCCUCAGACGUUCUUGUACCAAACUUUCCUACCCAGUUUUUUUGCGUUGAUCUUGGUGUAAAAGAUGGAGAAACUCAUACAAUUACAGUGACUUCAAAAGAUUUAAUAAAUAAUACGCUUUCUGAAAAUAUUACCUUUCAUAUCGAUUCCAGUGUACCUGAUAUUAAGGAUAUUUGGCUAAAAAAAGAUCAUGUCCAACAAUUGUUUGUCCAUAACUCCACUGAUUUGUCAAAAAUGACCCUAGAAUUUAAAGCAUUUGACCCACACAGUGGCAUUUAUUCCAUAGAAUAUUUCCUUGGCACGUCCCUUGGAGGAAAGGAACUUGCAUACAAAGCCAUGGCUGUGCAAACCUUAGGAAAUAAGUCGUGUGAAGCUCUUGAAGACUGCUAUUGUCCUAGUGUGGGACCUUGUGAAAACUCCAUAUAUAGAGUUCAAUUCAAUCAUCUUAUAAAUAACAACACACAUAUUGGUCAACACAAUCGGGAAUAUCAUUUCACAGUUAAAGUAACAAAUGGGGCCAGAUUAGUUAGUAUACAACAUGUGGAUAUUCUUUCAGAUGAUUCUCCCCCACUGAAAGGUGUCGUUUAUGAAGGACCUAAAGGAUAUCCUGAUAUUGACUAUACAAGUGAAAAUUCAGUUAAAGCUAGAUGGGAUGGGUUCAUAGAUCAUGAAAGUGGGAUAAUGAAAUAUAGGAUUGGAAUCAGCAACCACUGUCUUACAAAAGGAGAAAUGAAUGUAUAUUCUCAUAAUUUAUCAAAGAAUUUUAGCAUCCAUGAGUCUACAGAACAAUUUUUAGAUAUAGAUCUUCCUUACGAUGGUCCCUACAUUGUUUCUGUGAUAGCAUAUAACAAUGCUUUAGAACCAUCUGAUGUUGCAUGCUCUGAUGGAGUGACACGAGAUUCUUCCCAAGUAAGAGUCUCCGACGUUGUUCUAGAAUCUGCAAAAGCAAAGUCUGUUAUUGGAUGCUACGACAAUAAAGCUUGGCAUAUUCUGCAAAACCUAACGGUUUAUGAGCUUGAGUCAACUGAAAAAUGUGUCGAAAUAUGUACUCGUAAUCUUUCCAUGUCACUUAUAGCAUAUCUUCCAAAAAGUAAUCUAUACGCAAAUCAUUCUGAAUACUCUAUAACCAUGUGUAGUAAACUCCCACAGUACACAGAAAACUGGUUUAUUUAUCUUCCCUCUGAUAAAAUCAAACUGACCUGGAUGAUGGAAGAGAAGGAAUCACAGAUACAUAAUGUUGAGGUUGGAUUUGGUUCAACUGCAAGUUCUUUUUCAUUUCCUGAUUUGACAUCGUACUCAGAUUCUCAAAAGUUUGACGAGUAUCAUAACAUGCAUGUAGGCUUAGAUACUGGUUUGCCGUUUUAUUUGUUUCUGAAAGUGAUAAACAAAGCUGAUCUGAAAACGCUUGUACAUUUUGGUCCACUAAUCAUCGACGAAACACCCCCUAUGUACAAAGGGAAUAUUGUUGUAUAUCAAGAUUCUGCAGAUAUAGUUGUUGGAUGGAACAUUGAUACAUUUCUUGAGGCAGAACAGAAGGAGCCAAUGGAUUCGAUACUUUUCCGCUUAGGAGGUGCUAAAAAGAUGCUAACGCCAUACCUGGAAGCUAAGAUAACAGAACAGUGUCCAAGAAAUUUUUCUUUUUGUUUCAAGUAUCCAAUUAAUCGUAUCUUCAAACUGAAUUUCAAUAGUAAUUCCAAAUUCCACUUCCAUCUAUAUGUCUACAACAUAGCAGGACACUUUCUCGAAGUUAGAUCAGAAUCUUUCAUUUUACCCUCUCGGUAUCCACCGACAAAUGGGACAAUCAUCGAAAUUCUUCCAAAUCAUUCUCUAUCAGGCGAAGAUGUUGACUUCAUAUUCCAGGCAAACAAAGUCUGCUUUGACUGGAAAGGCAUGUGGCAUACUCAAAAUAUUUCUUUAGCAGUUGGCAUUGGCUCUACAAAAGAAUCUGCAGACAUCGUAUCUCUUCGGAAUAUUUCAGAAAAUACGAAAUGCCUUUACAAUCUGAAUCUAUUGCAUUUCAAGAAAUACUAUUUAAUAGCACGUGCUACUGUUGGGCCUCACUCAACUUUAAUUGUGUCAGAUGGAUUCACCGUAAUAGAUAACUCAAGCAUAUCAAAUUCACUUAUUGUGCAAAGUGGAGUUGCCUGCAAGAUGGGACCUAACGUUAAUAUGCCAAUCAUUAUUAAUAAAACACAGGGAACGUUUUCAGUGGUGAGUGCUCUUCGGGAGAUUCAGGUCUACACAGUUUUAACAGACCGAAGUCCAGUAACAAGCCGGGAUGUAGUUUGGAUUAAUAAGGCUCAACAUCAAUUUGUUCCAAUUGUUUCUUAUCCAACAUUCCAUUUUCUGAAUACCUCUGUUUUAAAUAAUGCCUCGAUUUCAUCUUGCCAGGAAGGAAAACAAUUUCAGAAAAGCAAGCAUUCUUUCGAAGUAUUUUGGGUUGUAAAAAAUGAAAAUGCAAACUUAAUCACUCAUUUCAAAUGUGGUUUAUUUAAAAUUAACAAAGACGGGUCCAGUACACUUGUGGAACCGCUAAAAGACAUAAGCAGCAAUUCACAAUUUCAGUUUACUGGAUUGCAUUUACAAAAUUUCCAAAGAUACCGUGCAUUGGUUCAACCAUGUUUCCAGAAAUUCUGCCUACCAGGAAAAUUCUCGGAAUCAGUCAUUGUUGAAGAAGCUAUUUACCCUCUAAACAAAAUUGAGGCUUAUAUGAACGUGAAAAAGGGAAAAGCAAGCGUUGUAGAUGUACAAGUAAGAUUUGAUGUAUUUGAGUGUGGUUUAUCUGGAAAACCAAUGGGGUACGCAGCGGCCUUUCUUGAUACCAAUGUGCCUCAAAAUCAAUUGACAUCGUGGAUUUCAUUUUCACCUCAACCUGUGAAAGGAAGUCUUAAUGGUAAUUUAACGAUUCUCUUACCUGUUUAUGGACACAAAAGAAUGGAAAUUUGUAUCAAAGGAAUAUGUAAAUCAGGAGAGUCAGUCAAAACCUGUACACGUCCUUCUAUGUUGUCAGAUCCAAAUGAAUUUUCCAUGCUCACUCUGUACGAAAUAGACUCUAGCUCCGUAAACAUUCAGGAUAUUCUAAGACUUGCAAACAGUCAGUUCUUAGGAGAUAAAUUACAAUUGCUACAUGACAAUGAGGUUGACGUGACACCACUUGGUAGGAAAAUAUAUGGGUUCUUAAGUGGAGUGUCAGGAAAGUCCAUCACCUGGUAUCUCACAAAGAAACAAGCUGUACCUAAAGUGACAUGCCAAAGCGACAUGGAUUGUCUUCAGUCAAUAACCUCAACAGACGGAAUAGGAAGAUUUAAUACAAAACGACUACAACCCAAUCAGAAAUAUUUUAUAUGUGCAUUUUCUGAAAUAAUAAAUUCUACUUCGGAAGUGAAGAGUGAUGACAUUUCUCUUUGUGGGAAUGGCUUUGUUGUUGAUAAUUUGCCUCCAAAGGGUGGGAAAAUUGAGAUUUUAAGUAGCAAUCAAGAAUUUGUUACAAGCGAAAAAGAAUUAGAAAUACAAUGGUCAGGCUUUUCGGAUAUUGAAAAAGAAGUCAGCCAUAUUGAACCUGGCAUUGCAAGAUAUGAGCUAAGUAUAGGUUCAUUUCAAAGUGGGCAAGAUAUUUUACAGUCCAGAAAUGUCGGUUUACAGACAUCAGUGUUUAUUUCAAACUUGAGUUUGACGAACGGAAUGACAUAUUUUGCAACAGUGAAAGCAUUUGAUCGAGCUGGUCAUGUCACAGUUGUUUCUUCUCCGGGAAAGUCAUUAGACAUGACCCCUCCUGACAUUGGUACUAUCUUCAUCAGAAAUCCUAAAUCACAAACUGCAACACUUUCCACAAAUGCUAUUGUUGUACACUGGGAGGGAUUCAGGGACAACGAAAGUGGUCUAAAACAGAUUCUAAUAGCUGUUGGUUCCAGUAAUGUUUCUACAGAUAUUCUAGAAUUCUAUUCUGUGGAUGGAGAGUUUGCUGAAAUCAAUCUACCAGAAUUUAUGAUUGAUGGAUAUCAGUACUAUAUAUUGUUGAAGGUUGUGAACCAUGCAGAUCUGAGUGUGAUUGUUGCAUCUGAACCAUUUUUGUUUGAUGGAACGCCACCUCAUCAAGGACUUGUUCAAGAUGGUCUAGCGGACGAUGUUGAUUUCCAAAAUGAUACCAGCAAAUACUCGUGUCAUUGGUCAAGUUUCCUUGAUCCUCACACAGGAAUUCAAUACUAUGAAGUAGGUAUUGGAACACAACCGUUCAACUUUGAUGUAUUUCCAGCCAGCAAUGUCGGACUUCUAACGGAUUUUACUUGGAACAGCAUAUUUGAACCUGGUAUUCAAUAUUUUGCCACUGUCAAAGCUUGUAACCAUGCUGGAUUGUGUUCAAGCGUUUCGUCAGACGGUGUAAUCAUGGACAAUUCACCUCCAAUCCCUGGACUGGUCCAUGUCGGUUUUAGCAAUCAGCAUGAACCAUUUAUGCCUCACAAUAAUUCCAUUUCUGCAUCUUGGGUUGGUUUUGUGGACCCACAGUCUGACAUUGACCAUUUUGAGUGGUGCCUAGGUACAUCCCCAGGAUAUUGUCAGCUCGUAGAUUUUGAAAACAUAAUGCUAUCGAACCGGGUGACAAAGACGGGCCUACAUCUUCCUCCUUCAACUGAUCUUUAUCUAACACUUAAGGCAUUCAAUAAAGUUGGCUUACUUACAGAGCGUACUUCUCCAAAAUUCCAGGUAGAUCCAAGUCCUCCAGUUUUAGUCCAAAAUCCAGAAUUCAUCACAGGUACUCAUGGACUAUCUCUCAUUAAUGGAACACAGUUUGACGGUUCUUUGAUUACUAUUGGGUGGCUUUUUCAAGAUAUGGAGAGUUCAAUUACUAAACACCAUGUAAUAUUAAUGAGCAGUCGAAAUGGGCAUGUGGUUCUUGAAAAUAAUGAAAUUGGUAGCCAAACACGAAUAACUGUAAUGUCUCCCAAUGGAACAUUUCUUAGAGAUGGGGAUUCCUAUGUUGUUAAGGUAACUAGUUGUAAUGGCGCUGGUCUUUGCACAUAUUCAACAUCAGGUACACUCCAUAUCGACUCCUCUCCGCCAUCACUUGGCGGUUUCAUGAACCCAAUGUCAUGGCACAACAAAGGGACCACGACUACCAUUCAUCUAGCGUGGUAUGGUUUUGUGGAUAAUGAAUCAGGACUUCGAAACUAUAUAAUAAGUGUUAGCGAAUCAUACUCUGGAAAUGAACUGUCAAAUGGUUCAAUUACUGUGCAGCAUAUCAACAGCACCAAUCAAUUUUUGUCAUUGAACUUGUCAAAGAAACUAAACAGCAAUGACGUUAUUGUAUUAUCAGUCACUGGAACUAAUAAUGUAGGUUUGAAAAGUAAAACAGGAAAGGUGUCUGUUGUCCUUGUUUCCAACAAUAAAAACAAUACAAAGGGGUAUCUCUCAAUUCAGCGUUAUUCCUGUGUCUCUCAUUAUUGCAAUAACGACUGCACCUGCGCAGUAAUAGGUAAAAAGUGUUUGAAUAAAUUCAAUGCACCUUGCACAGAAUUAUACAAUGUUUCCAGUACGAUACUUGAUGUGUCAGUUUAUUUCGGAUUAUCUCCAAUUUCUUCGACGAUGGCUUCGAGUUCCUCAUGUAUAUCAGGAUUUUGGGAGAAAGUAGCAGGGUCAGUAAGAACAGUGUUCCGCUACGAAUGGAGUCUAGGUGAAAUGGGAGAGAAUCCGGGAAGUGGAAUAUUUGACGCAGCUACAGAAAGCAUAUGGUAUGAUAAUGGCAUUAAUCAAGAUUUAGUGUAUUGUUUACCAUCCCACAAAAGACUGCUACAUGGACAACACUACACACUGUAUAUAAGGGCAUGGAUAUCCGAAUCUGAGUUUGUUAUAUUCACGUCAAACUCUCUUUUGAUUGAUUUAACUCCUCCACAGAUAAGACUUGGUCGAACAGUAAUUGAAUCAGUGGAUAACUGUAGAAGCGAUGUUGAUUUCAUCGGUAUUUUAAGACAGUUUAAAGUAUGUUGGCAAAAUUUAUUCUCGGAAGGACAGGGACAAAUAGUAGCCUAUGACAUAAGUGGAGGAACAAGACCUUAUGGCGAUGACUUCAUAUCACGAAGAUCCGUCCAUUUAUCCACUUCUGUAGAAGUUAAUCAAACAAUGACACCAGGAACUACCUAUUUUUUCACUAUUUUUGCUAAAAACAACAUGGGAUUGGAAGCUGCGGCAAUGUCCGACGGUGUACUCCUUGAUGUUGAUAAUCCUGUACCUGGAAUUGCAUACAACACCAAACAUUUUCGAAAUAUUUUAUACCAGUCUUCAAACUCUUCGCUUGCAACAUCAUGGCAUGGCUUUGAAGAUCACCAGUCGUCGAUUAAAUUCUAUGAGGUGGGUGUUUAUGAAAAAGACGAUGGUACAAUAAUCCAGAAAGAUGAAUCGGCAUCCAUUUCAAGUAACCACAUAUUCAGUAACAUAAGUCUGCAGCACAAUAAAAGUUAUCACACUCGGGUUCGAGCAUUUGAUGCAAUGGAUCACCCUUCCCAGUAUGCAUAUUCAAAACCAAUCAAAAUUGAUAACACUCCACCACUCGGAAUAAGUUGCAAAUCAUUUGAAGAAUCGGAAUUUAAUUUGAUUUCAAUUACGAAUCAUAAAGACAUUUAUGGUCUGAAGGAAACGAUAGUGAAUGGAAUUUUUACAGCUACAAAGAAUGAUAUUUACAAAAUUUUAAUCAAGUUACCUGAAAGGUUACAAUUCAAUUCAAUCAAAUUGCAUAUUGGAUACGAAACAAUGCUGUUGUACACAUCACAAACUGCUGAUUCGAGUACUUCUGCAGAACACGAGUUUUUGUCCAACAAUGAUGGUCUUGUCAACUUAAGAUUCAAAGUAGCAAGUCGAAAGGACAUACCUAAUAAAAGUAUUUUAGUACGCGUUCAACACUGUAGUUUGUCUGAACCCAGUACAAGUCCAUUAAUGGUAAGUCAAAUAAAUCCUGGAACUUUGUCCGUCUGCAGUUUCCUCUUCGAUCCGGAAAGUGGUGUUGAAAACAUUUUAGUCGGUGCUGGCACAACCAGAGGAGGAUAUCAAGUGAGAUCAUUGUCUCCCUUCUCUAGGUCCAAUCACGGUGUAAUACAAACGAAUGCUCCGCAUGGCAGUCGAAUCUAUCUGACAGCUACGGCAAGAAACUAUGCUGGUUUAUCGUCAUUGUUUCAACAAGAAAUAACUUUAGAUCAUAGUGCUCCAAUUUUGAAAAAUUUGACUGUCGAAAUACGAAAUUUUGCGAUAGAACAAGAUUUGGAAUUUCCUAACAACACUGAUCUAGGUGUUAUAGAAAAUGAGACGUUAACCACAAAACAAGCAGAGUCGGCCUUGACAAUCAGAAGACAAACUGAAGUCGUAGUGACAUGGAAUAUCACAGAGGAGGAAUCUGAACUUUCAUCUUGUUAUUGUUCUGUUGGUUCUUCCCAAGCUUCUGCAUUUCGACGCUGGCAAACUAGUCUUGAUAACAGAGAAUGUAAAUUGUCAAGCAUGUCCUUUAAUCAUGGAACAACAAUAUAUGUUACCGUUAGAUGCAUAAACAACAUCCAACUUAUGGUUGAAGAGAUAGCAGGGCCUUUCAAAAUUUACCAUAAAUCACCCCAGAUUGAGAGUGCCUCACUCUCAUUUUAUCCCAAUAAUCGGUAUACAGUUCUGAGGAAGCAGUCGAUAAUCCCAUUGCAAGAAAACUUAACAAAUGUCGACUUUUUCUGGAAUGGAUUUCAAGAUGAAGGUGGAAUAUCCACCUAUGAAACUCGAGUACGAAGGAAUGGAAAGGUCAUUGCGCCAUGGAAUUCAGUUGGUCUACGGAAUUGUGCAACACGAGUAAUACAGAAUUCAAAAGCAGGAGACAUCAUUGAUGUAGACGUUCGCGCAGCAAAUGAUGGCGGAUACCGAAGUCAAAUUUUGAAUUCUUCUAUCGUCCUAGACAACAGACCACCAAGCUUACAAGGUGAGUCAGCAUCUUUCAUUUCAUCUGGUGAGAAUGUAACAAUACGAUGGAACAACGUUUUUAUACCCUCUCAAUAUGGUGCAACAGUCUACCAAGUCUCGGUGGGUUCCAUUGCUGGAAGUUCUGAUCUACAGUCACCAGUAUCCACUCUGGCAGAAGAGGUACAGUUUGAAUGGACACCAAAUGGUUCCCAACAUCAGAUUUUUGUCAACAUUUUGGCCAUUGCGCCAAAUGGUGAAUUCUCUCGAUAUAACACCAAAUUUUAUGUUUGAGAACUCAACUUUUGAAAUCAAUAAUGUUUUCCAAAGUACAUCGAACACAAAUCAAUAUUAUUGUCGAUAUACC